AUGAAUAUUUAUUUGCUAUUUGGCAUAGUUUUAUGCUGUUCUGCAGCUCAAGCAGAACAAGAAACUUUAGUUUUAGUGGACAACCUAAACGUAAGAGAAACUCAUUCACAGUUUUUCAAGUCUUUACAAGAUCGAGGCUACACUCUCACUUAUAAGUUAGCUGAUGAUGCCAACUUAGUUCUCGCCAAGUAUGGACAGUAUUUAUACAAGAACUUGAUUAUCUUCGCACCGUCCGUGAUAGAGUUUGGGGGACAGAUUGAUGCAGAAGCCAUCACGAAGUUCAUAGAUGAUGGAGGCAACCUUCUUAUGGCAGGAAACUCGGUUGCUGGUGAUGUGUAUAGAGAGAUUGCAUCUGAAUGUGGAUUUGAGAUGGAUGAAGAGUCUGCUGCAGUAAUUGAUCAUUUUAACUAUGAUGCCAAUGAUGAUGGAGAGCACACCAGAAUUGUUGUGUCACCCAAAAACCUGAUCAACUCGCCUACUAUUGUUGGACCACAGAACCUGCAGCCUCUUCUCUUCGAAGGCACUGGACUUAUACUGGACAAAGAUAACAACUUAGUGUUGCCAAUCUUGACUGCAGACAGCACUGCCUAUAGUUAUAAUCCUAAGAGCCAGGUCAAGGAGUACCCUCAUGCUGUUGGACGUAAGACAGUGUUGAUUGCAGCACUCCAGGCUAGAAAUAAUGCCAGAAUUGUCUUCAGUGGCUCACUGUUCUUCUUCUCCGAUGAGGCUUUUAACUCUGCCAUCUCUAAAGUACAUGGAGAUAAAGUAAAAUCCAGCAAGUCUGGUAAUAAGGAUCUGGCGGUGCACCUCAGCCAAUGGGCGUUUGGCGAGCGCGGUCGCCUGCGAGUGCGUAGUGUGCGUCACCACCGCCAGGGGGAGAAGGAAUCCACUACCACCUACACUAUUACAGACACAGUGGUGUACAGAAUUGAAAUAGAAGAAUUGAAGAAUGGCAAAUGGCAGCCAUUUGAUGCCAAUGAUGUCCAGCUGGAGUUUGUGCGCAUUGAUCCCUUCAUCCGCACCACUCUGAAAAGACAGCCCAAUGGUGCCUAUGAGGCAGUGUUCAAGGUGCCUGACGUGUGGGGUGUCUACCAGUUCAAGAUCGACUAUGAUAGAGUUGGCUACACUAGGCUUUACCAUUCCACUCAGGUGUCAGUGCGUCCGCUGCAGCACACGCAAUACGAGCGUUUCAUCCCCAGCGCGUACCCCUACUAUGUGAGCGCCUUCUCGAUGAUGGUCGGUGUGUUCCUAUUCUCCUUCGUAUUCCUCUACUACAAGGAAGAUACGCCCAAGACCAAGAGCGAAUAG